UUUGGUACUUUGAGUCGAGCCAGUGGUGCUAUGUGCACAGUAGUAGCCUGAAAAAUAUCGACAAAAAACCUGCAUAAUGUCAAACCAGAACAUCCUGUUUACAGAAGAAACUAACCUCGAGGCCAAAGAUAUUUAUGGUAGAGCAUAACGCGGGAAAGUGCAUGCAGGAAAAUAAGAUGUUGGGAAACACAGUGGCAGCAACCACGAGGAAGACAACCGUUGCGUUUUUGUGUUACCCAGAUGCCCGGGACCCAGGUAUAAAGACCACCAGAGAAGCGGCUUCCAGACAUCACCACCCUCCUCCCCAGUACCAGCCCAGCCACACGCCAUCAUGUGCCAAACCAGCUGCUCCUCAGGCUGCCAGCCAACCUGCUGCAUACCCAGCCCUUGCCAGGCAUCCUGCUAUGUGCCUGUGAGCUGCCAGUCCUCCGUGUGCGUGCCUAUGAGCUGCACACGCAUUGUGUGUGUGGCCCCCUCCUGCCAGUCCUCCCCCUCUGUGUGUGUGCCUGUGAGCUGCAGGCCCAUCAUAUAUGUGACUCCCUCCUGCCAAUCUUCUGGGUGCUGCCAGCCUGCCUGCACCACCGUCCUCUGCAGACCCAUCUCCUGCAGCGCCCCUUCCUGCUGCUGA